AUAUUUUCACAGUAUAUACCAAAAUGUUAACAUAUUUACAUAUGUCGUCAUUAGGGUUUUUAGAAAACUAGGUUCCUACUUCUGAUCACAGUUCUUUGUUUAUUGUGGCAUUCCUUCAUUUAAGAUUUUUAUUGGGAAUUUGAGCACUGGUAGAGUCAGAGUUCCAUAAUUUCUUCUCUAGCUUUUCCUACAAAGAAGAAAUUGCAUAAAUAUGGGAAGGGGAAAGAUAACAAUUUCGAGGAUAGAAAACCGAACCACAAGGCAAGUCACUUUUGCAAAACGGCGGGCUGGCCUGAUCAAGAAGACUCAUGAGCUUUCUGUGCUGUGUGAUGCUCAGAUCGGUCUUGUCAUCUUCUCAAGCACUGGGAAGAUGUUUCAGUACUGCAGUGAGUCUUCAAGCAUGGAGGAGAUGAUUCAAAGGUACCAGGUUGCUAGAGGGACUAGAAUAUUUCAACACAACGACACGGAAUAUAUGAAUGCUGAGCUGAGGAAAAUGAGGAGAGAAACUCAGAGUCUGGAACUGAGCUUGCAACGCUACACUGGUGAGGACCUGAGCUGUGUGCGCUUUGAGGAUCUGGUGGAGCUUGAGCACCAGCUAGAGGAGUCUGUUAACAGGGUUCGAGCUCGCAAGUUUGAGGUCUUGCAACAACAGAUAGACAAUCUUCGUGCAACGACCAAGAGGAGGGAGGAAGAAAAUGAGCAACUAUUCCAUCUGAUUAAGGCGCAUCAAGAUGCAGCAUUUGGUCAUGAUCAGCAGGCCCAUGAGGCAGAACAGGUGGAGAAUCUGCAGAUUCUACCAAAGUCUGAGGAACAUCGACACGUACUGGAUCAGUUCCCAUUUGGUGGUGAAGAACAACCAAGCAGUGUGCUUAAGCUUGCCACACUGCCUCAGCCUCAGUUCAACCCCUACUCUCUCCAGCCUCCUCAUCAGCCCAGCCUCCUUGAUUUCAAUCUCAGCGGCCGCUCUAUAUACGAGUGACCAGCUUAUGAGAAGGGCUAGCUUCUGGCAUGCAGCACGAAAGAAGAAAAGGGGUGUCUGGAUCCUCUCCAUGCUGGAAUUUAUACAAGAGAUAUAUAUCUGAAUUAUUUUCAGGGCUUUUGAACUAGUUAUAUAUAUAUAUAUAUUUAUAUAUAUAAGACUUAUUUAGAAUAUUAUUAGCUAAUCAGCGUUUUAUUUAUGUUCUUGAAUU